AUGCCCGUACACCAAAACGCUGAUCUCCUCGCACCCCCACCAAAGUCCGAUAGAUGGCCCGUCAUGAUGUUUUCACAUGGUCUAGGCGGUACUAGAAACGCAUACUCGCACAUUUGUGGUUCACUCGCUAGCCACGGGGUUGUUGUCGUUGCGGCAGAUCACAGGGACGGUAGUUCACCUCUGUCUAUCCACCACACGCCAGAAGAGAAGGAGAAGGUCAAGCGUGUACCAUACAGGAAUAUUGCCCAUAGCCCGAGCACCGAGGUAUACGAAGCCAGAAACGAACAAUUGCGUAUACGAUUAUGGGAGCUGGGCAUGAUACAUGAUGCGUUGUUGAAGCUCGACGAUGGACGGAAACUCACCAAUGUCGCACAGGAUCAGCCAAAGGGGAAGAACAUGCUAAACAUGUUUACAAACCUAAUGGACGUACAUCAACCGGGUGCGAUUGGCUUUGCCGGCCACUCAUUCGGCGCGUGUACAAUGAUUCAGUUUGUCAAAUCAGUGUACUACCGACCAAAGGCACAGAUCCCAAACUACAAGCCACUAUACACACCAACCGAAGACUCGAGCAUAGUCCGUCAGAUUACGUCAGCCAACAGCGUCCACCUACUAGACUUAUGGACGCUUCCCAUCCAAAGCCCAGACACAGCCUGGCUCCGUUCACAGCCCAUGCCAUGCUACGACUCCAAGAACGGCGGCAAGAACCUUCUAGCAAUCGCCUCAGAAGGCUUCUACAACUGGUCUUCCAACUUACGCGAGACGAAGCGCAUCAUCGCAAAACCUCCCGCCUCGCAAUCACCCUACCCCAACCAGCCCGGCCCACACAUGUUCUACCCCAUCGCCUCUGCCCAUCUCUCCCAAAGCGACUUUGGCGUCCUGUUCCCCUGGGUCACAACCAAAGCUUUUGGCGCAAAAGAACCCGAGCGCGUUCUCAGACUCAAUACCCGCGCUAUCCUACAGGUUCUGCGUGAAAAUGGCGUUAGGGUUGCUAAUACUAGUGCUGCAGACCUGGAACUCGAGGACACGGCGGUGAAAGAUGCGAGUGUGGCGCAGGAUAGUAGUAUUCUCAGUCGGACUAAAGAUAGUGUGCGCGGCUGGACUAAUAUAAGUGCAGAUUCAGAGCAAGAAGGUAAUUUGGUGGGCUCGCCCGUGGAGAGGGUGGGUAGUGGGGGUAAGGGGCCGGGGGAUGCGAUGGUUGAGGGGGAGGCAUUGGGACAGAUUGUCAAGGAAUGA